AUGCUCAACUAUGUGCAGGCGAAGCUUCACCUUGCGGCCAAAUCCAGGCUCAACCGCUGGGUGAAACCUCAUGCGCGUGCAAAGCACUUGGACGCACCGGAGUGGUUGGUCAAGGAAUGGCGUGAAGGAAACAAAGCUGACAUCGCAGCGCUGCUAGCGCACCACAAUUUCAACAAGGAGACUUUCCUCUCGAAAUUGCUGAUAUCGGUGAAGAAACAGCAGAAAAUCGAGUUGACCAAAGAGCAGGGCUGGUACUCUGAGAGCGAGCUGUCCGAGUUGGGGUGGAGUCAGAACCGCAUUCGGGGAGCGAAAGAGAAGUGCCAAGCCCUUGGAUCAGCGUUCUUUAGGAAGAAUCAAUACGAUGGCCUUGACGAGUUUUGGGUGACGGUCAAAGAAAAGGGCAAGAAGGUUGAAUCCAUGACCUACGAAGAGCUUCACACAAAGGAAGCUGAGGCCAAAGAAGAUCCUACUUUCAACAUGGGGGAUGAGAAGUUCGGCAUGAUCGACGCUCAAGCAGCUAGGACUGAUGCGGCCCGCAAAGCUGGUGAUGCCAACCCGAAGCAGCAUUCGACCUGGCAGUCCAAAGAAGCCUUGAAGAAGGUGAUGGAUGCGUUGAUUUCCAGAACUGGAAAACUGAGACAAUUGGUCAGGGAACUGGAGUCGAAGUAUGAUGAUCCAGCGGCAGCAGCGUGCAUCAACUCCUUGAAAUCGCAGGUGGCCAAGGUUGACGGUGCUUUUGACAAGUGCAGCACUGCGUGGUGUACCGGUGAAGCCGAGGGGUUUUUCACAGACAAGCUUCUCAUUUUAAUUUCAAUUGUAAUGGACGUCCAAAGAAAAACGAAAACGGACCAUUGUUUUGAUUUCGUCGAUCAUGCACGUGUGACAUGCGCAUACUACUAG